CGCACCAACCGGAAAUGCCUAUGUUGUGGCGGAAGAAGAUGCUUUCUGGGAGUAGCUGGUGUUGAGCGAAGCGUGGCCGGCCAAGAUGAUUCAGGCGAUUCUGGUUUUCAACAAUCAUGGGAAGCCGCGGCUGGUCCGCUUCUACCAGCAUUUCCCAGAAGAAAUUCAACAGCAGAUUGUUCGAGAGACUUUUCAUCUAGUUCUCAAGCGGGAUGACAACAUUUGUAACUUCUUGGAGGGUGGAAGUUUGAUUGGUGGCUCUGACUACAAACUAAUUUACCGACACUAUGCUACCCUCUACUUUGUAUUUUGUGUGGAUUCGUCAGAGAGUGAACUUGGGAUCUUGGACCUCAUCCAGGUUUUUGUGGAGACUCUGGAUAAGUGUUUCGAAAAUGUGUGUGAAUUGGAUUUGAUCUUCCAUAUGGAUAAGGUGCACUACAUCCUCCAAGAGGUGGUGAUGGGUGGGAUGGUGUUGGAAACAAACAUGAAUGAAAUCGUGGCUCAGAUUGAAGCUCAAAAUAGGCUGGAGAAAUCCGAGGGUGGCCUUUCAGCAGCCCCUGCGCGGGCGGUGUCUGCUGUGAAAAACAUCAACCUGCCUGAGAUUCCUCGGAACAUCAACAUUGGUGAUCUCAACAUCAAAGUCCCCAACCUAUCCCAGUUUGUCUGAGGGUGGCGCAUUGGGCUGAACUGGAGUCCUUAAAACAAGCAAAGCCAAGCCAGUCUGGAAACAGAACCCAUUUUGAGCCUUAGAAGAGUCAAGCCUCAGGACCCUGCACCUUCCUGUCUGGGAAAGAGUGUUUGGCGUGGAAUGGGAAGGGCUUCGUGUGGACGCUGCCUGGGUGUGCUCAGUUCUCACACGGGCAGCCGUGCCGCCCUCCACGCACGUGGCUGCUGCAGGUGUGAGGGGCCUGCCGUCCUCGGAGGGAGUCAGCGUGCCCAAGCCACCCGCACCUUUACCUCUCACACACGGCCGCUCCCAGGGAUUGGGGACUGUGCUGAGCAGGCCCACUUGCUUCCCAGAACCCCAGCACGAGGACUGAGCACAUUCUCUGACUAGAGUCUCCAUCCUUAGCACCACGGGCUUCUGAGGUCCUGUAGCAUUUACUUGCUGGUGAGGUGUCCUAGUUAGAAAAGGGCCGGCCCUUCAGAUUUGGGGAUGUGGUGAGUAGCAAGUGAGGGCAGGUUUUAUGAGAACCAGAGUCCUCUGCUGGCUCUACUAAGAUCGUUAUGCCCAGAAUCCUUUUGUAUAGCCAAGCCUUUUGGUUACCACCUCCUGCAGAAUACGUCCCCUUGCUGUCUUAGUCCCAGUUCUGUUCUCAUAGGUAUUUAUGUGCAGGACACAGUCCCAAUCAUAACCCUGGUGCAUGCCCACCACAGUUCCCCGCUAGGGAGAGCACUCCUCACACACACACUUGUCAGAGGGGGCCCUCCUCGCAGAGAAGCCCUGUGUCUGUAGAAGGUUAAGCCGACAACAUGUGGAAUAUCCCAGAAUUAUGACUCUUCCCAUGUUUAAAAUACAUUCUCCUCACGGGAGCAGAAGGUUCAGUUGCUAUGUUAUGAAUGAUGAGUCGUCUCCGUAGGAAACCCACUGCCACCUAUACCAGCUUCUGGAGCAUGAGAGCCUGAGCUGGGGUCACCCCUCUGCGGCCUGGAUACAGGAAGUGUGCUCUCAUCUUCUCCCUUCCCUGAACUCUGCUUGUGUUCCCUCAGGUGACAUUCUCCCAGAGGUUUGGAGACCUAUAAAUGUUUACAUGUGA